CAGGCUCCUUCUGUCAUUUAGGCUCCAGUGACUUUCAGUAAACACUACACAGACAGUAGAAAGGGCAGAGAGGUGAAAACAUAGAGAAACGCUGGCACAUGACCAGUGAAUCCUACACAACUGUGAAAUAUGAUAGAGAGGCCAAACAAGAGCACCUGGCAGGAAGACGGAUCAGUUCAGGACUUUACCAGCACUGAGAAAAAUGAGCCCCAUGCUGCACAAACUCAGGCUGACUUUCUUGUUCAUUACCCUGGUAAAGGACAGAUGACUCCCAAUCAGCACUUGCACAGAAUUACCACAGUGUCCCCCAAUGUCUUGAUGUAACUGUUACUGAGUUGUGAUAUUGUUAUAACUCAAGGUGCAUGUCCUGCUGUAAAGCACAUAAAUAAGACAAUCGCACUUGUGUGCAGUGACAGGACUUGCUUUGUUUGUGUGUUAGCUGAGACUUAUCCAAGUGACUGGAACCUUGUUGUGGUGAAAAACAUCUGUCCUGUCUGUGGCGUGUGUAACUGUAACUGCCCUGCCUCCUGCCAAAACGUCCCGUUUUAAAGAGAUUUGCCAUCGCUCCUUAAGACUCUGCCGUCGCCUGGUCACUGAAUUAAUCUGAGAGGAGCUGUAAGCGGCUGCAGCCAAGCUCCUGUCACCGCAGCACAAUGAGAGCUAAAAGAAAUACUUGGACGAAGCUGAGGGUUUGGAUGAACAUAACACUGGCAGUCAUUGAACAUCCCGGUCCAACGAUUAACCAAAGGCCUGAGUCCAAACCUAGUGUCCAGCAGCCUGAAUGGUAACCAGGAGGAGAGAAGCUCUGGCGCAAUCUUCAGCGUGGCAGUGGUUGAGGUUCCUUCUCUGUCUCUGGAACCAGAUUGACCAUCAUAGCGAGCAUCAAAGCAGGCAAUGGAGGUGCCGCUUGUUAAUUUUGAAAACAUGGACGAUGUUGGCAUCAACCUAGGUGACCCAAGCGACUCGGGUUACCCGACCUCACCCAACUCAGAGGCUCCUGAUCAGAACUUGCUGGCCCACCGGCUGGCUUCUCCUCCUCAGUCGCCACGCAGAGGACGGCGACAGCGUCAGUCUGGGCAGGAAGGGUUGUCCCCCUCCACUCCUCCAACUCUUACCUCCAAGGCAAACUCCAGCAGCGGCAGUCUGAUCUCCAGUCUGAAGCUUCUGGCAAACAGUGAGUCUCCCACUGACAGUGUCUUCAGUAAGAUGCUAAAGGAUUAUUAUGAGAAUGAAGACCUGUUCGAAAAGCACUGCUUGGAGGAGAAAGAUGAGAAGGUCGUCAUAAAUAUUUCUGGCUUGAUGUUUGAAACCCAGCUCAGUACCUUGAGUAAGUUUCCAGAGACAGUGUUGGGUGAUCCCAUGAAGCGGUUACAAUACUUUGACCCAAUGAAGAAUGAGUAUUUUUUUGAUAGAAAUCGUCCAUCAUUUGACGGGAUUCUCUACUAUUACCAGUCAGGAGGAAGAAUCCGCAGACCAGCCAAUGUUCCCUUAGACAUUUUUGCUAAUGAAAUUGUUUUCUAUGAGUUGGGCCAUGAAGCAAUGGAGCAGUUUCGUGAAGAUGAAGGGUUUAUUAAAGAACCUGAAGUUCUCUUACCCACCAAUGAACUGAAGAGGCAGUUCUGGCUCCUCUUCGAAUACCCUGAGAGCUCCAGUGCAGCCAAAUCUGUGGCUCUGGUCUCUGUCCUUGUCAUUGUUAUUUCCAUCUUUAUUUUCUGUCUGGAGACUCUUCCAGAGUUCAGGGAGGACAGCGAUUUUCCUCCAGGUUUCAUCCAAAUGAUCAACGGAACUGCCUCUUACCCUGCCCCUAAAACUGUGUGGACAUAUCUCACGGACCCAUUUUUCAUUGUGGAGACUAUUUGCAUUAUAUGGUUCUGCUUUGAGCUCGGUGUCCGUUUUGUGGUUUGCCCCAGUAAGAGUGAUUUCUUUAAUAACAUCAUGAAUAUUAUUGACAUUGUGUCUAUAAUUCCUUAUUUUGUCACCCUGGGAACCGAGCUGGCCACAAAGCCGGACGAAGAUGUGAAUGCAGGUCAGAACAUGUCCUUGGCAAUUCUAAGAAUCAUUCGACUUGUGAGAGUCUUCAGAAUUUUUAAGCUCUCCCGCCACUCGAAAGGUCUUCAGAUUUUGGGUCAAACCCUAAAAGCCAGCAUGAGGGAACUGGGGCUUCUAAUCUUCUUCCUCUUCAUAGGAGUCAUCCUUUUUUCCAGUGCCAUCUACUUUGCAGAAGUGGAUGAGCCCCAGACGCAGUUUGUUAGCAUCCCUGACGGCUUCUGGUGGGCUGUGGUAUCCAUGACCACUGUUGGUUAUGGGGACAUGUGCCCAAUUACAAUGGGAGGCAAAAUGGUUGGCACUCUCUGUGCCAUUGCUGGUGUCCUGACCAUUGCCCUGCCAGUCCCUGUCAUUGUCUCCAACUUCAACUAUUUCUAUCACCGUGAGACCGAGCAGGAAGAGAAACAAGUGAUGGAUGCAGCUGCAGAAGCUGCCCAGAAAAUGUCAGCUGCUAACAAGUAUGGAAGUACCCUUUCUCUCAACAAGAGUAAUGGCACAUGGCAAAAUGAGAAAAACGGCAUGCACUGAGAAAGAUAAGUACUUUUUAUUAAUGUCAGAGGAAGAUAGACAUUUUAAAAAAUCAAGCAUAUGUGUUAGUGAGACAAACUCGGUUUAUUCACUCUUCUUUUUGUACUUGAAACACUUGUGCAAAUGAUUACAGUAUUAUUAGGCACCAUGUGGUGAGACAACCAGUACACAAGCUGUCUGUCUGCAUGUAGAUGUGUCAAAGUGCAAUUAACAUAACUCAGCAACUACUGCUUCAGUAACUCAGAGAAUACACGGUGCAGUAAGAUAUGGUUUCUACAACAGACCAACAUUUCACCUAAAAAUUGGCUUGCUUAGACAGAAAUAGUGCAUAUUUGCCCAUCAAAUGAAAACAAAUCAAGUAAUCUGAGCUCACGUAGUUCAUUGUUAGUCUACACUUUAUCACACUCAGCAAAAUCAAGAUUGGUCUUGGCAGCAUGUUCAAGGGCAGGCGAGUGUUGGAGGUGUAACAUAGGACAUUGGCAUACACAUUGUCUUCUCAGCAGGUCUAUAGGCGCAAAUGUACAGCCUGCAGCACCUCUCCAUGUAACAAUAUCUGUGUGAUAAAUACCUGGCAGAGUAGCAUGUCUGCUAUUAAUCUUAAAGCUAGCCUGCAAACUUAAAUAUAAACCUGCUUAAUCUUCACCACACAUGCAAAAAUUUUGCAUGCAGCAGUUUUAGUAAUCAAAAACGCAGGUUGCUUUUUUUAUCCACAGGUUUUAUUAUUAGAAUUUGGCACCAAGCCCAAAUGAACAUGGUUUUGGCUGUAAAUGGAACAUGUCAACACUUGUUAUUCUAAUGUGAACUUACCCUUUAAAACUGCAUCACUUCAUUGCACUGAAAAUGUUUUUCUAUGUAUGUCUUAAGCACUUUAGAAGCUUCACAUCAUCCAUUGUUGGCAGGGAAAAUGUGUUUAAGUGUACAGAAAUGUGAGAUUAUAUAAAAAGUAUUUUUUUCAUCUGCCUUUUUAUCUCGUACUUCAAUGCAUGGCAUAGUGGCUAAGCUGGGGCUUAAUCUCCAUUAUCAUAUCUGAACAUUUGAUACAUGCACACACACACACACACGCACGCACGCACGCACGCACACACACACACACA